ACCUGUAUUUUGUUUAGAGAAGUUUGCUGAAAAAUGAGAAUCUACCAAUUGCUAUGUUUGAUACAGUUCCAUGUAACGGUUUCAACAAGAAUGUAUUUGAUUGAAACAGAGAACGAGCAAGAGGCAGUUCCUGGUCCAGUACUUACUCCUCUUGGUGCAGCUCUAAAUGAAGCUGCUUUUGCUCCUGUCCCCGAAGGUUAUGCUGAUCCUGCUGAUGCUGAUCCUGCACCUGUCUAUACAGGUUAUGCUGCUCCCAAUGAAGCUGCUUUUGCUCCAGUCCCCACUGGCUAUAAUGCUCCAGAUGAAGCUGCUCCUGCCCCUGUCCCCACAGGUUAUGCUGCUCAUGUUGGUGCUGCUCCUGCUGGUGCUGCUCCUGCUCCUGUUGCUUCUGUUACACUAGUGUAUGCAGGCAAAGACUAUUACAAAUGAAAACGGAGACAAUUACAACGAUAAUUACGGAAAAUGAAAACCCUGUGAUAGAUGGAAAACGAAGAAAUAAUGGAGAAUACUGGAGAAAUAAUUAUAAACAUAAACAAAAUCUUCUGAAAAGAAGUAAACAGCUUCCCUUAUAUUAAAAUUGUUUUAAUACGGUGUUGUAAAAACAUGUUUUUUUAUUUUUCAAAUUUUCAUUUUUAAAUUUUAAAUUUGUUUACAAUAUUCUUUAAAUAGUUAUAUGGUAUCAGAUGUAAAUAUUUAGACUUUUCUAUAUUUCUUGUUCUUCAUUUUCUUCUUGUUCAUACAUCUUUCUAUAAAUUCGUGAAUAAAAUACUAAUUUUAUGGGUUUUCACAGAAAUGACUUUGUUUUCUGUUGGAUUUUGGAACUUCAACCCGACAUUCCUUUAGCGAUCGAGCCAUAAAAAACGUUUAGGGUGUAAACUCAAUAUUGCUGACCUCCCCUAAUGCCCCAAAGUUGGGGGAAAGUCUAGAGAAAUCUCUGAUGUAACAUAAAUAUUUCUUUGUACAUUGGUUUUUUUUGCAAUUUUGAAUACACUUUAUGGUUACCAUCUUAA